AUGAUAAUUUGCCUAUAUGUUGAUGACUUGCUCAUAACUGGAAGCAAAGCCAGUGAAAUCAAAGAGCUAUAUAAGCUAAAAUCAGAGUUUGAAAUGAUUGAUCUAGGAAAGUUAUCAUAUUUCCUAGGAAUGGAAUUUGUAAUAGUGAAGGAUGGUAUAGUAGUGAAUCAACAGAAGUACAUUGGUGAGUUACUAGAUAAAUUCGAAAUGAAUGGCUGCAAUCCAAUUUCGAAUCCAUCAGAGACAAAUACAAAAUUUGAUGAGUACAACAAUGAAGAGAAGGUUGACUCAAUAAUGUUUCGACAGAUAGUUGACACGUUGAGGUAUGUGUGCAACAACAUGCCAGAAGUUUGCUAUUCAGUGAGUGUGAUUAGCAAAUUUAUGCAUGAUCCUAGAAAAUCUCAGUUGGCAGCUGCAAAGAGGAUCUUUUGGUAUCUUAAAGGUCCUUUGGAUUAUGAAUGGAGACCAGGUUUCAUUUCAUUAGGGAGAAAGUAA